AUGGUACUGACCAAGAAGCUAAAAUACGACACCCCGCACCUUAGAAUGGGCGGGAUUGACAUUGGCAUGUCAAAGGAGAUUAAAAUACUGGGGCUCACUAUAGACGAGAAGCUGACUUUCAAUAGCCAUGUAGCAAAUGUCUGCAAAAAGGCGUUGAACAUAUACAAGCAGCUGUCCAGGGCCGCCCGAGUUAGCUGGGGACUACAUCCCGAGGUUAUACGGCUUAUUUACACAGCAGCGGUUGAGCCAGUUAUUAUGUAUGCGGCGAGUGCCUGGGCACCAGCCGCCAAGAAACUGGGUGUUCAAAAACAGCUCAACGCAGUGCAGAGGGGCUUUGCCCAGAAACUGACCCGUGCGUACCGGACCGUCUCACUCAAUGCGGCCUUGGCGUUGGCCGGAGUGCUACCUCUCGACCUCAGAAUACAAGAGGCAGCAGCGUUGUAUGAGGCAAAGAGGGGCGUACUCCGACCAGCGCUGGGGGAUGUUGAAGUGGAGCGAGUGGCUGUAUAUGCCGAUAGCCCUCAUCCUGCGAAACAUAUGCGCCUGGAGUUCAUAAGCCUGGAAGACCAACAGCUGGUGGACCUCCACAACACACAAGCAGUACGUAUCUACACCGACGGCAGCAAGAUUGACGGCAAGGUGGGAGCUGCAUUGUCUCUCUGGAGCAAUGGAGCCGAGAUCAAGUCCGUCAAACUAAAGCUGUCGCCGCACUGCACGGUCUACCAGGCGGAACUGCUGGCCAUAUGCGAAGCUACAAGGGUAGUGUUGAAGAGAAAGGAAACCAGUUUCGGUGUGUACAGUGACUCGCGGUCCGCCCUAGAGACGGUCACGAACAACAAUACGCGGCACCCCCUGGCACUAGAGGUACGCCAAAAUAUAAGGACCUGCAAACUCCAAGACAAGGAAAUCUCCUUGUUUUGGAUCAAAGCACACGCAGGAUUGGCAGGAAAUGAGCGAGCGGACCAUCUGGCAAAAGAAGCAGCGCUGAAAUUGAAGAAGAAGCCAGACUAUGACCAAUGUCCGGUCUCAUUCGCCAAGCGACAGAUCCGCUUGGAAUCGCUCGGCGAAUGGAACCGGCGAUACAUACCUACAAGGUGA